AUGAACAAUACGUCAAAUCUACGUCGACUCCAAGAAGCCAGUUAUGCGGUGUCUUCCUCGACGCCUCGUCGGCACGCCGCCGAGACGCUUUUCCCCUUGUGGACGGAAAUUCAAGCUCAACGCCGGGAAGGACAACAAGAGGGCAUAGACUCUACCCCACCCCCCAAACUGAGGCUUGCCUUUUUGCUCGCCUUUGCGACUGAUGCUCUCCGACACUCCAGCAGCUGUUCCUCUACGUCGACGCCCCCCGGUCUAUCUGGCAGCCAGGACAGCUCCCAGACGCAAAGGCAUAGGCCUGAAAGGAGUGCUGUUCGAGCGCCCGCGCAUCUGUCAUCCGAACAUACCCUUCAUCCCGUGUCUCCCGAGAGGCUAUCGCUCUCACAUCCCCCACAAGCGCCCGCCGACAUCUCGUUGGUCAGCCCGGGCGGCGUACCUCCUCGAAUAGACGCCGCACAGACUUUGGCCGAUGGAAAUAGCCACGGUAAUCUGCGCAGCCGCUGCGAUUCUCCUGCAUCCACUCGCAUGGUCAUUGGCCCCGCAGCCGCAGUCACCCUACCGUCCCCAGAUGUUCCUGCAUGGGUUUUAUCCGCUAGCAAAGUCCUCUUCGUCAUUCGAUUCAUGGACCCGACAGACUGGAUGAUGGCGCUCAAAGCUGUGUGCGUGGACCGAGACAUGAUCCAGCCCUUUUUUAACCGUCGAGUUAAUGGCCUCCAUCAGAUGCAGCACACAUCAUCGUCGUCCGGGUCCACUAUCCUCGGCACCCAAAAGGCACAGCCUCCACAAGGUGCCUCGAUCCUGUUCCCGGUCGAAAGCCUCCCGUUUGCGGCAUUGCCGGUGACGUGCGGAAAACUUCUUCGUCGCCUUCUAGCUCCUUCUACUGGCGGCACCGUCACUUUUCCAGGCACACGUACGCUCGCGGCCUUUUCUUCCCUUCAAGUCCGUCGCGGGAAACGAUCGAGGUCCCCCAGGGCCAGAAACGGCCCCAGCGGCACACCCCCGGGAGCAGUGUUCCACGCGAUCUCGUACAACACCUACCCCGAGAGUCUUCUGCACAACACUGCUUAG